AUGUUCAACUUCAGGCAACAAGUUAGGCGAAUAUUGUUAGACUGGACGGUUUUUGUUUCGUUACACCCUAAGCUUUGUAUAGCAUGCCCAUUGUUGUUAUUAGUUUUUGCAUUUCCCAAUUUAAAGGUAUAUGGUGGAUCGGGGGUUGGUGAUAAUGGAUUUAAUGGGUAUGUUUCAAGUGUUGGGCUGAAGUACGUUGAAACCGCGAAGGCAAAUGCGUCCUUCACGCAAAUUCUGAUCCAGCCUAACGAUGAAGCUAAUGUGUUAAAUAAACGGUUUUUAAUGGAGUGUUAUGCUCUACAGCAGCGGAUCCUGAAGGAUCUUGGGCCUGAGCACGUGUUUUCGGUGCAUUCGCCCUUUGAAGCGUGGGAGAACGAUGAACGGAGGCUGGCGAGCGACCAGAUGCCGAUAUAUACGAUUAAUGAGUCGCCGCGUAUGCUGCAGGGGCUUCUGCAGGGAGUGACUCAGUUAAACGGGUACAUUAUGUCUGCGCGAAGCCUUGCUAUCAUGAUCUUAACAAUGCGCGAGCAGACUGCGCACACAGUGGGUAUCUUGGCCGAAAAUCUUAAAGCACUCAAAUCUGUAUCGGAAGUGACUAGAUACUAUAUCUACGGCGGUAAUGCGAUGUGGGAUACUCCGCAAGAACUGGUGCAGUUUUUGCUUGUGCGCAUGACCAAGUGGGACUAUGCCAUUUUGCUAGUCAUGUAUCUUGCAAUUUCAGCUUACUAUACGUACACAACCUUUUCAGUUCGCCACCUCAAGUCGCGGUUCGGCGUUUUCAUUGCAGGAAUAUGCCAAAUGGUCUUGGUUCUUGGUACAGCUCGCACAAUCACCGAGCUGCUUUUCAAGGGUUCUAAUGAUAAUGUGCCUUGGUGUCUUUUGUAUGUGCCGAUUAUGAUUGUUGCUGUGUCGACGUUCGCUGACUUGAACAAGUCCACGAACGGGACUACUAUGUGUACGAGUCCAGAAUACGAAAUGGUUGACAUGCAGGCUGCUAACAUGGCGAAUGGUAUCGGUGCAUCUCCAAUUUCGCCGUCUUUAUCAUCAGGUCCAACGAGUAGUAAAGAUUCCUCCUCUUACCAGGAGAACUUUUUUGAAUCGGUAUCUCGUUCUCAUUUUAAAUGUCUCAUCAGUGGGUUACUAUCAAUUGCAGCGGUCAUGUUCUUAUUUCCAUUCAGCGGAAAAACGACUUGCUUCCUUGUAUCUUCGUUAAUUUGUAAUGCAUUCAUGGCCACAACCUUCUUCACAGCAAUAUUAAGCUUAGAUCAUCGAAGGUUCAACAUGAAGGAUUUACUAUUCAUGAAGGAUAGCGAUGAAAACUUCGAUGUUUCCUUGGAUAAAGACUUUAAAGCGAUGGGCUUCUGCAAAUGGAUAUGCUUUCUGAUAAACACAACACCAGUUUUGAAAGUCCUUUGGGUUUCACGCUCACUAAUAUUCGUUUCUCUCUACAUGAUCCUUUUUAACUUAAGAUUUGCCUAUGUGAGGUCCUCAUCUUCUUUAUUGUACAAGAUAUACACAGGCGGCUUUUUUAAAUUAAUGGACUCUACUAGAAGGUACCCAACAGCGGUAUUUGAUCUAAGUCUAAUUACACACGAAAUAGUGAAACUGCUGGAGUCUAACAAUAAGAAUCAAAUUUCAUAUACUGUAAUGAUUGAAAAACCAAUUUUAAUCAUGAAGGAUGUUUUGGACAAACACGAACUUUACGGGCGCAAUUUUACUGAAGUUUUGAGAUUAUUCAAUUCUUCAAUGUUUUCAUCUUAUAAAUUUGACGGUUACUAUCUCUCUAACUUUUUGGUAUGCUUAGUAUUGGUUGCUGCAUCUACAUUAUUAAUUUUGCAACAAUUAGCCGAAAAAGCAGAUUUACAAAAUCCGGUUCAACUAUCAUCUCCAUGGUCCGCGAGUUUCUUUUCCUCUUGCUCUGGUUUUUCUACAAGAGCUACCACUAGGAAUAACAGCCUAGCCCCUAAUACUGCAUUAUUGAAUACCUUUCCACGCAAUGAUCCAUCGGACGGCAUCGGUCGUAGUUGCUUUCGUACUAAAGAAUUAGCGGAGCAUGGCCACAGUUUGGACAUAACAUAUAUUGCUACAUCUCAAUCACCGUUUAUUGUUUCUGUUGGCAUGGAUUACAAGAUUUUUGUUUGGUCUCCAUUAGCUAGGCCAAUGGUAAAACCAACCCCAAUUCCCUUGGAUCGCAGAUUUUGGCCUAUUUCACAUGUAACGAUAUCCAACAAUGGUUCUUUCAUUGCUUUCUUUAACAGAGUAGGAAAGGUAACAUGCUGGUCUCGGACGCUAAUGAAUUUCCUAUGGACUUUAAAGCUGAAUAGUGCAACUCCAUUGGAGGCGUUCUUUAGAACUAGAACUGUUCCUUCCAUUCUCAAACGGAAAAUUGUUCGAAAACCUUCGGAUUCCAGUAUUUUAUCAUCAAGCACUGGCAAAGGAUCAGUCCGCAACGUGCCGUUGACUAGGCAGAAUAGUAUUAAAUCAAUGACAUCCAUGGGAACAACAAGCGGAGUUGACUCCUGUUAUGAAAACCCUUCAGCUCCUUACAGCAGUGCUGAACAAAUCGGUGAAGAGGAGUUUGUUUUCGUUACUAGUAACGGUGAUUUAUGUGUCGUUGAUAUGGAGGGCAAUAUUAAAAUAGAGAAACUGACUCCAUCCUCAGAACCUUUGGUUUCAUGCAAAAAGUUAAUUUCUCCAAGAAUCAGUGAUAGAAUAAUAAGUUGUAACGUAAAGGGAGAGCUAUUUGUGUCUACUGUUUUAAACAACAAAUGGAGAACCAAGAAGUUAUCUAUACAAAAAAACGCAUUCAAUGUUAUAACGCCAGAAAACUUUAAGUACGGCCUCUCAAUUGCGUCUAGAUUAGACAAUUCUCAUGAUGAAGCACUUGAUCCAUUGCCCUCACCUCAAGAAAACCCCAAUUUAGAUUCUGAUAAUAAGUUGUUGAUGGUUCAUUUUGUAGGAUUUAUCGGUCGAACAAAUGGAAACAAAUUGGAAUUCAUUGAUGCUCAGACUGGUACCUUUAUUAGGCACUUUACUCUAGGCAGCUUUAUACCCAAUUCUUUGAAGAUCUUCCACGAUAUGCCUACACAUUGUAGGUUUUGCGGAAGUGCUUCUGUUGCUUCCUUUUCAAUAGCUUAUUCUGAGCCUGGUAGUCACACGUUGGUUAUGCAUACCUAUCAACUUGCAAGCAAAACGAAGAAUAGUAUAUGUUUGCGUGUGGACCGUGACCCUAGAGAAGUUCGUUGCUUGGGUUUAGAGUCUGUAACAGAGAAGAAGCAUUACCUUCCAAAUGUUGAAAAUUGGAAUGUCACAGAAAAUAAUAUGAUCAUUGGAAUAAAUCGGAAAUCAGAAAGCAUAAAUGAUCUUAAAUCUGGUGGCUCAACAUCCAUGUGUAGACGGCCUUUGGAACCACAUGCAAAUAACCUUCAGAAUCGAAAGGCGGGAAGUAAAAACAAAGAGGUACAUCGACACGAAAUGGUCUACAAUAUACAUAAUAUUUGGGAAGGUUGGACAAUGAAUGUGAAUGGCAAUGUUGAGUUUCAUGAGAUUCCUAUAGGUUUAAAUGGUCUUAUGGUUAACAAGAUCGUAAAUAUGGAAAAAUUUGGUGCGAAGUCCAUUGUGGUUGCUUUCGGUAAUAUAAUGAAAUUAUUCUAUCUAGGUAAAGAAGAGUUAAUAUUAACUGCUGAUUGUGCGGGUUCUAAUGGGGAAAACACUGGUUUGCGUUUUAUUAAUAAAAGGAGAGAUCGCCUUAACAAUAAAAAGGCCUAUGUCUCUACCAUUUAUAGUAAUCUGAUUCCUGAAGAUUAA